GUCGUGAUAUACUUUAUUUCUCUUGAAGUAGUUCUCCCCCCAACCCCUAAAGAGUUGGUCGGUCCGUAAUAAAAUACUAAACAUGGCAGAUUGUUUCUAUAAACAGCUUGCAAGAUUUGAUUACCCACCUGCUUUAGCGUUUCUAAAAGGGAAAAUAUAUGCUAAACAAAAUAUGUCCUUACUGUAUAUGCAAAGUGGCUCUUUCUUCCAUCGGAAAGGUCUAGAUUCAGAUGUUAAAUUGACUUAAGCGCCUUUCAAAAUUUCAUUAUUAAUGAUCCAAUGGGAAGUGUGUCUUGGGGCAUGACCUAAUACCACAAAUAAGCUUUUAAAAGCUUCUUUAUCAUAAAACCGACCUAAUAUUAAUUUUUCUCGGGGGCAUUUGUAACUAUAAACAGCAAAAACAAUCAUCUCUCGUAAAUUCAGGUCAUUAUGGACUGACGUCUCCACCAGAAACUCGAUCGCACUUAUGGAUCCGAACGAAUAGUAUCUCUUUACGAUAGAUUUAAACAACGAGCGUUUUUUGAGAAGUGGUUCGUAUUUUGCUUGAAACUCUUCAAGUUGGAGUUUUUUUGACAGCAAUGAAAGUGUCUUUGGAUUAGGGUACUUCAUAGAAUAGCACUUUUAAUAUUUUAUAAUAGAUAGACUCUCUGGAUCCGACGAAUUUGGACUCCAUUGGUAAAAUAAGAAGGAAAGUGAAAGUCACAACCUGUUUAAAGCAGGACGCUGAGACGCUGGUUUGGAGCUCCCGUGAGGCGUAGAAAUGGUUAAAGAUGUCGGUAUUGAUGUAAGGCCCCUACAAGUCCGCCUGAACAAUUUUGGGCUUGAGUUUUUAAGCAGCACAACAGAAAUCAAUUCUAAAGGCGCCGAAGAGGCGUGAAACAUCAAUAGAGCUACCAGUGUGGCGGGAAAAAGGACGUGGAACAUCGUCAAUUGUAGCAUCGAAUCUUUUAAGGUGUGAGCGGACGAACGGAGUUUAUUACAAGAAAAAAAAUUGCCACGGAAGAAAGACGUAAGCCGUAUCGGAUUAAAGGGCAAUGCACCGAACGGAAUAAUCUUUUUGGAGUGGAUAUUUCUGGAAAACGCCAUGAAGGCUUGAUCCAGUGGGUAUCAUCGUCGCGCCCAAGAUAUCGUUGCUUCAAUGCUCAGCAGAAAUACAGUGAGAUGAACACGUAUUUCAUAAGUUUUGAGGGGAACAGCUGCUAAAAAAGAAGAGUGCUUUUCGAUACAAUACGGACAACGAUAGCGCGUUUUUAAAGCUCUUUGGAAAUAAGAGGAAAACGAAAGCUGUAGGAAGUAAAAUAAACAAGAGAAGAGGUUUGUACUAGAGGUUGCGCAAAAAGAAAACGUCACAGGAAACCUCGUUUCUAAUGCGUCAAGUUUUCUUCAAACAAAUUAUGUAAUAUAAACUUGAAAUUCGAAAUUUGUUGCAAAUGCAGACUUGUAUAACAGGGAAACUUCCCAAAAGUAUCGACACCGAUCCAAAAAAAAUGUUAAAUGAGAAAAAGAAAUAUGAGAUUCAUUGAAUCAAAUCCAAUUUAAACCUGUAUCAAAUUCAAUUUGGACCUGGAGAAAGAAGACACUCAAGCCGAGCAAGCUCGUAAAUUUCAAGGCAAGAACAACAGUAUAGAAGAAUUCUGAGGUAUUUAAAAAAUAUAUACGUGUUAAGUUUCCAGUUUAAAAACCAUAGGAAAAUGUUUUCUUUUAAAAUUCCCAAGACCAUAUUGUUUCUUGUUAUACUUCAUGAGGUUCAAUCCCAUAACUCCUUUCGGUACUACAAAGACGGUGACGUCAUUGUCGGAGCACUUUUAAAUUUUCACCUCAAAAGCGACGAUUGGAAUGCUUGUGGGGAAUUCCACCCGUCCGGGGUGGGGUUUGCAGAGGUUUUGUCGUUUACUAUCGAUAAAAUUAACCAGGAAGCACACUUGCUGCCCAAAAACAUCACUCUUGGCUAUGAUAUUCGCGAUUAUUGUGACAACCCGAUGUUGGCUGUUAAAUGGGCCUACGAUUUCGUUGCUAAUGUUUCCGAGAAUCGUAUCGCUGCUGUGAUUGGCCCAGAGGAUUCCAACACGGCUAUGAUGGUGGCCGGACUGCUCCAAGUAGAAAACAUCCCAUUGGUCAGUUUUGCGGCAUCAAGUGAAGAGCUUAGCUCGCCGAUUUAUCGCUCGUUUUUUCGCACCAUCCCACCGGACCAUAACCAGGCUAAGUCAAUCGUGGACAUCAUAGAAUAUUUUAACUGGUCUUACGUAGCCGCUGCUGCGGUAGAUCACUCGUAUGGGAGGUACGGCAUGAGGGCGCUAGAAAAAGAGGCGGAAGAACGGAAGACAUUCUGCCUCGCGUUUACCGAGUAUUUCACAAGGACAGGCUAUAAAAACAAAGUUUAUGACAUAGUCUUGAGAUUGAAAAACAACCCGAAUAUUAAAGUGGUGGUUUUAUGGAGCACAGAGGAGCCGGCGAGGCGAUUUCUACAAGAAGCAAUUCGACAGAACCUUGAGGGACGAACGUUUCUAAUUAGCGAGUCUCUUGCGACAAAUGAACAGGAGUUCUUUCAUAAGUUUUCAACUGUUAUUGAUGGGUGUUUAGGAACGGUGCCAUAUUAUCGGAAUAACCCGGAUUUUGACGCGCACAUAAAAGCUGCGACACCUACAAAUACAGUUGGCAAUUCUUAUGGCGGUGCAUGGUGGAAGGAAUUCUGGGAAAACGAGUUCAAUUGUUCGUAUGACUUAAAAACUUGUAGAAAACACGAGAAUGAUACGAUGUCAGGGCAAACUCUAGACAAGAUGUUCAGUGCAUUUAGCGCUAAGCUCAUUGACGCGGUGCGCGCAGUUGCGUAUGCGCUGGAAGGCGCAUACCGCUGCCCAAAUCAAAGAGAUAGGUUCUGCGCAAACCCCAAACACGUCAAACCGGUUCAAGUUUUGAACCAACUGAGAAGUGUUAGCUUUGAAGGUUUUAGCGGCAAGAUUCAGUUUGAUAAAAAUGGCGACCCACAUGCUUCAUCAUACCAAAUUAUCAACGCACAGAAGGUCUCAGCCGACAGAAUGGAUAGUUCAUACGAAAAAGUCUUCGUUGGCAAGUGGGACCAGCUCGGAUCCCCAAGGCUCGUAAUUACGGGAACCAUUCGAUGGAACGCUCGAAAUGGGAAUGCCACCCAAACUCCGGAUUCUGUGUGCAAUCACAAAUGCCCUGCGGGGACCAUGCAAACUGCGACCAAAUCCUGCUGCUGGCAGUGCUUAGAGUGUCCGCACACGAGCAUAAGUACCACAGAGGGCUCCCCAAACUGCACCAUGUGCCCAAUCAAACAAUACCCUAAUGUCAACAGAACUGUUUGCAUCGAUCUUCCUCUGGAAAACCUGGAUUGGACUAGCUUGGUGUCCGCGUCCAUGCUCGCGCUGGCAAUAACGGGUCUCAUUAUGACAAUCACUGUAUUUUUAACAUACCUCCGAUUUUGGUCGACACCGAUCGUUAAAGCAUCGUGUCGAGAGUUGACGUGUAUAUUAAUCUUCUCGAUUUCGGCUUGCUACGUUUUAGCGAUGCUGUAUCUUCUUCCACCAUCAGAAUGGCUUUGUAUGGCGCUACCACCCCUUCGAUACGUUGGCUACAGCGUAUGUAUUUCGGUCCUCUUUCUAAAAACCGCGCGUAUCUUCCAGGCUUUCCAGAUCAGUACUUCUUGUACACGAGGAAACCUCGGUAAGCAACUCCUUCAAGGAAAGUAUUCAGUGGCCGCUGUGGCGCUUGUAAACAUAUUCCAAGGCUGUCUAGCUUCGAUGUGGCUUGUCAUUGACCCUCCUACUGUAUACGAAGACAUAAAGCCCCAAAGAUCUAUAUUCAUUCUCUGUAAGCCAUACCAGCAGACCGCCGGAUACGCCUUCUUGAUGACAAUGCUACUGUACCUUAUCUUGCUGGCAGGCCUAUCGACGUUCUACGCCUACAAAGCUAGAAAAAUCCCAGAAAACUUUAACGAGGCUCGUGGCAUUGUAUUUGCAUUGUAUAUACUGAUACUAUCGUGGAUUGUGUAUUACCCAGUUCAUUUUGCGCUGGACGGCUGGUAUGUCUCCGUUGUCUCCAGCGCUUCUACAUUACUGAGCUCUUACGGCCUUCUUAUUUGCAUCUUCUUUCCAAAAAUAUACGUCAUUUUCUGGCACCCAGAAAGGAACACUAUUCAAUAUAUUAGAGCGGAGGUCGCGAGGCAUACAAUGAGGAAAAUAUCCAUGAAUAUAACGACGCGAUGUAGGGAGGCGUCGGUGGUUGGGGAUGGGAGGUCAAGGAUAUCCAUAACAUCAGCAGGAAGGGGGAUGGAGCUUCGGACACGUGCUGAGUCCACCUCCUCGCCAACAGCAAUGAACAUUACCGAAAGGUUAUGAUUGGUAGACAACAUUUUAGUGAACAGGUUGAUUAAAAUUCUGAAUAAAGACUUGGAUGACGCAUUAAGGUAAAGCGGGAUCUAGGUUGAUAACUUUAGGAAAGUAGUAAGGUAUUGUUUGCCUUUAGGCUUGUAACAAAGUCUUGUUUAAAGCCUUUAGCAUGUAGUAAUUAUUUCAACUACCUCUUUCCUGUUUGUAGCUAUUUGCAGGCUAUACUCUUUGCCUCUGUAGAAAUGUCUUGGUUAACGCUUUCAAGGAAGUAGAAAAAUAAUUGUAGUAAAGUAUUAGGUAACGCCAUCAAGGGUGUAGUAAGGUUUUGGAAAUAUCCUUAAAGUGUGUAUUAAGGUAUUAGUUAACGUAGUAAGGUAUUGGUUAACACCUUUAAAGAUGUAAUAAAGUAUUGGUUAACGUCUUAUGAUGUAGUAAGGUAUUGGUUAACGCCUUAAGGGAUGUAAAAAGCUAUUGGUUAACGGCUUAAGGGAUGUAAAAAGCUAUUGGUUAACGCCUUAAGGAAUGUAGUAAGGUAUUGCUUAACGCUUGAAGGAAUGUAGUAAGCUAUCGGUUUACGCCUUAAAGAAUGUAGUAAGGUAUUGGGUAACGCCUUAAGAAUGUAGUAAGGUAUUGGUUAACGCCUUAUGGAUGUAGUAAGGUAUUGGGUAACGCCUUAAGGAAUGUAGUAAGGUAUUGGGUAACGCUUUAAGGGAUGUAGUAAGGUAUUGGGUAACGCCUUAAGAAUUUAGUAAGGUAUUGGUUAUCGCCUUAAGGGAUGUAGUUUUUCUUGGAUAUGCAAUUCAAGGCUUAUGAAAAUAAAAGCAAUUGUAGGAUAUUAAAUUGAAUAUCACAAGAAAUUAAUAAAUCUUAUUAAUUCAACAAUGCCUUAAAGUAUAGAAUAUCGAAUUUAAGGAAUAUCAUACAGAAUAAUAUAGAAUGUCACAAGAAAUUAAUAAAUCUUAUUAAUUCAA